CGCGAGGGGAGGCCGGGAGGGACAGCCAGCAGCCAAGCCAUGGACCUCUGCCCCCCGCGCCUGCAAUAAUACCACCCCUCGCCGACGCCGCCACCAUGGGCAAGAAGGCGUGGCUCACCGCCGUCAAGCGCGCCUUCCGCUCGCCCUCUAAGGACGACAGCAGCAGCCCCGCCAGGAAGGCGUCGCGCCUCCGCGAGGACGCCGACGGCGAAGACGACAAGGGGAAGCGGGAGCGGCGGAGAUGGCUGUUCCGGAGGUCCUCGUCCCCGUCGCCGGCCCCGGCACCACCCGCGCCGGCCCCCGCGGCCGUGACGGAGGAGCAGCGGCACGCCAUCGCGCUGGCCGUGGCGACCGCGGCCACGGCCGAGGCGGCGGUGGCCACGGCGCAGGCGGCAGCCGAGGUGGUCCGCCUCACGCGCCCCGGCGGCCACGCCGCCGCCCCCAGCUUCGCGCGCCGCGACCACCACGCCGCCGUCGCCAUCCAGACCGCCUUCCGCGGCUACCUCGCCCGCCGCGCGCUGCGCGCGCUCAGGGGCCUCGUCAAGCUGCAGGCGCUGGUGCGCGGCCACAACGUCCGCAAGCAAGCCAACAUGACGCUGCGCUGCAUGCAGGCGCUGGUGCGCGUGCAGGCCCGUGUCCGCGACCGGCGCAUGCGCCUCUCCCAGGAAUCCGUGCUCUCCAUGUCCGGCGGCGGCGGCGGCGCCGGCGCCGCGCCGUGCGGCAGCAGUAAGUCGUCGUACAGCGUCGACACGUCCGCCUUUUGGGACCCCAAGUACGCCCACGACUACGCCGACCGUCGCUCCGUUGAGCGGUCGCGCGACGGCAGCAGCUUCGCCGCCGACGACUGGGACGACCGGCCGCGGACGAUAGAGGAGAUCCAGGCUAUGCUGCAGACGAGAAAAGACGCGGCGCUCAAGCGUGAGAGGGCGCUCUCCUACGCCUUCUCACACCAGAUUCGGAGGAACCCAGCGGCGCCGUCGGCGGACAUGGACGUGGACGUGGACGUGGACGGGCAGCCGCGGUGGGCGGAGCGGUGGAUGGCGUCGCGCGCGUCGUUCGACACCAGCCGCAGCAGCGUACGCGGGGCCGCGGCGGCGGCGCCCGGGCGCGCGUCCAUGGAGCAGCACCGCGAGCCGGUGAAGACGCUGGAGAUGGACACGGCGAGGCCCUUCUCGUACUCGACGCCGCGGCGUCACGCGGGGGCGUCGUCGCCGAUGCACCGCGCGCAGCAGAACCAGCAUCAUCCGGCGGUGGCCACGCCGUCGCCUGUGAAGGCGCGGCCGCCGAUCCAGGUGCGGUCGGCGAGCCCGCGCGUGGACCACCACCACCGCGGGACUGGCGGCGGUGGCGGGAGCUACACGCCGAGCCUGCUGCACUCGCAGCGGCACGCGGCGGCGGUGCCCAACUACAUGGCGGCGACGGAGUCGGCCAAGGCGCGCGUGCGGUCGCAGAGCGCGCCGCGGCAGCGCCCCGCGACGCCGGAGCGGGAGCGCGACCGCGGCGCCAAGAAGCGGCUGUCGUUCCCGGCGCAGCUGCAGCACCAGGUGCUGGCGGCGGAGUACGCGCAGAGCCUGCGCAGCCCGAGCUUCAAGAGCGCGGCGGGGCGGUUCUCGUCAGAGCAGCGGUCCACCGUGUCGUCGUCGUGCGCGGACAGCCUCGGCGGCGGCUGCGGCGGGGACGUGGGGUCGCCGUCGUCGUCCGCCGCGGACCUCCGGCGCUGGCUCCGCUGAGUAGAGCUAGAGAGUAGUGGCGAGUGGCUCGUCACGUCAUCAGACACGGCCACGUGCUAGCUGUAUUUCUUCUUUUCUUCUUUCUCUAGGUGUAAUUCAUGGCAGCUUUUCUCUAUUUUGUAUUGAGCCGACGGAUUGGAGUUUGGAGCGUG